GUUCGUUUUCAGACUGCCACAGUAGGAGCUUGUAGCGCCAAAACAAAUGUUUUGAGUCGGGUGAAAGGGUAUAGAAAUGGUCAUUUCUCGUCUAAUUGUCGGAUAAUAAAGUAAGAGGUACUUUUCAGAAGCGUAUCCUCCAUCCAUUACAGCUUUUCUAGGUAUGGAUUCUGAGGCUUCACAGUACAGGAGUCCACCAAAAAGGGUUGUAUUAGGACAUUUGAAUAAUCAUAAUGGUAAUUCACCCAUUUCACCAAUGGCUAAUUUAAAAUUACUUACUAAAGUCGCUACUAGUCGUUUUUCAAUGGAAGAAAAUAGUGAAUAUAUUUGUAAAUCAGAAGAUCAAGUACAAGUUAAAUCUAGAAGAUUGAGAUCUUUGAGUUAUAUUUGUGAAAAAUUUCUUUUAAUAUAUCCUCUAGAUAUACAAAGUGGAGAAAGCAAACAAAUAUCUUUAGGAUAUUUAGCUUCAAUUUUAGGGAUAGAGAAAAGAAGAGUUUAUGAUAUUAUAAAUGUAGUAGCCAGCUUGCAGAUGGCCGUAAAGGUCUGUAAAGACAAGUAUAAGUGGUAUGGAAAUCAAAAUUUACCUCAGUUCCUCACCAAAUUAAAAAUAUAUGCCCUUCAAAAUAAGAUAAACCAUCAGGUUCAAGAACUGCUGAAACAAAAAUCUAGUGAAAAACAUGAAGAUCAUUGUUAUAAUAAUGGUGAAAUUUCUAAGUUUUCUUCAUAUCCUGAAAAACCAGAUGAUAACCGAAUUGGUAUUUUGUGUCAAAAAUUUGUGAUGAUGUUCUUGGUCAUUGCAGAGGAAGGAGCUCUAAAUUUGGCUGGUAUAGCAAAACUUAUUUUAUCUGAUGAGCAGGGCAAGACUGGAAUGAGACGCUUAUAUGAUGUUGCUAAUAUUUUAGAAACACUUGGAUUAAUUAAAAGACAUGGAAAAAUUCAUAAAAAGCCAAGUUUUAUUUAUUGUGGUCCAAAGGUUGAUUUGACUGAAGCAGAACUAGCCACUGAAUCUGUAACAACAGUAAUUCGAAAUGUUGACUUCUGUGACACAAGUUCAGAAUCAAGCUCAGAUGUACCUCAACGAAAAAUUGAUUCUAUGCUUGAAGUUGUUUGCACUGAACUUGAAAAAUUUGACGAUGGACCAAAAGCUAAAAGAAAAUUGUGCCUCACUUCGGAUAUGAAAAAAGAACCGAUCUCAUUAAGCAAUUCAGCUACUUUCAUAAAAGCCCCUACCCAGUCGUUUAGAUUUUCAUGUAACCAAAUCACUGAAAAACCUGAUAAAGCUUCUGAUGUUUUAUAUAACUUUAAUAACAAUAAUAUUAAAAGUAGUAAUGAUUCUAAUUGCUCUGAUCAUGAUGCUUUUGAGGAAAAGUUUGUAACAAAUGCUUCUCACGAUAGUAAUUGUGAAGAAAUAGUUAUCACUAAAAUUCAAAAGCCAAUUAAAUUAAUUAAACCAAGAAACAUUCCAAAUAUUCAAAAUGGAGCAAUUUAUAGGGCAGUAAAAAAUGGCAACUUUAUUAAAUUAGUGAAGCUGUAGGAAUUUUAUUUUAAUUAAAUUAUGAAACUUUACCAUAAUUCUAAUUAGUGCUCAAUGCUAGAAGAAAAAAAAAAGAAAAUAUUUUAUCUAAGCAAUUUCAUGCAGAACAAAGUGCAAUGGGUAAAUUAGUCAUUAACCUAAAAGCAAUGUUAUCAUGUUUUAUAUUUUUAAGUAAGAGAAUUGUAAAAGAUAUUAAGUAUAUUGGAAAGUAAAGCAAAAGAUUAUUUAUUGUAACUGGUUGAUUAAUUCCAAAAUAACUAAUAAAUGGAAUUAAAAUAAAAGUAUAUGAAAUUAUUUAUAGAACAAGAAGAAAAAAAGAAUAUUUAUGUAUGUUGUCAUUGCUAAUUAUUAGUUAUGAAAUUAUUAUUAUAAAAAGUCUAUUGUUUUCAUAUAAGUCUGGUCACAUUGAUUUUACUGAAUAUUUGAAAGAAAGGGAUAUCUUAUUAUUUUUGAAUGAAAUUCUUCAACAGAAAAUUACAGUAAUAUGUAUUCAUAUAUUAGAACUGUUAAUUGCAAAUAUUUAAACUAUUAUUUUUGUAUUUAUCAAAGUCCCU